AUGCCACGGGCAAGUAGAAGUAAGAUUCAGCUUUCCGAGGAAGAGAAAAAAAGGCGCAGGCGGGAACAAAAGAAGCUCAGUAUCCGUCGUGCACGUGCUAAAAUGAAUGAAGCAGAAUUAGAAGAAAGAAGAAGCCAGGACAGGGAAAGAUAUCGACGAAAAAAGGAACAAGGCAAAAUUAAAACUAUUAAAGACUACACCCCUAGAGAACAACGCCAAAUCAGAAAAAUAUGGAGGGAAAGGGCUAAAUUAAGACGCCACAAGGAAAAAAAUAGUAAAAAUGCUUUGCGUUUCGUUGAACAGAACACUCCACCGUCUAGUCCCUCAUUUUCGCGUAUUAAAGUUGGGAAUGCUAUUGUGAAACGCAAUGCGCGAAUAUUAAGAAUCGAAAAUAACUAUCUAAAAAAAAGAAUACUUGAGCUGGAAUCUAAAAUGGCAAAAUACCGUAUGAGAGCUAUUCGAUCUUCUAAUAGAGAAAACAAAGAAAAGACAGUUCCUCAAAAAAAAGCUUAA